UCCUCUUCUUAUUAUCAUGGUUUUUCCCCAUUAAUACAUGUAGCAAUGGGGGGUUUCUUGGUUUUUCAAUUGAAGUGAAACGAGAGUCAUCUUGGAUCAGGAGAAGGCAAUGGGGGAGGUUGUUGGUAAUGAGAAAUUUUCCCAUAUGGGAGAGAAUGCUCAUAAUGAAUUUCAUGGAGCAGGUUUGGCUUCUCCCUUCAUAAAAGGUGCUACCAUGACUGUUUCUCUCUUCUCCAUCAUCCUCUUCGUUGGAGCUUUCAUUUCCACCCGGUGGAGCAAUGUUUCUGUUUUUACAGGAGAUUCCUUUAGGAAAGUUUGGAGUCAUAGCAGUUCAAUAAAGCCUUGUAAUAAAAAAAUUGAGUAUUCACUGAAUUGCAGUGAGGGAAACAUGGCACAGACCUGCCCAGUCACUCCACUGGCGACAUUUGAGCCCAGUGAACCGUCCACUGAGACCUGCCCAGAAUACUUCCGGUGGAUAUAUGAAGAUCUGAGGCCGUGGAGGGAGACGGGGAUCACGAGGGACAUGGUGGAAAGAGCAAAACCUGCAGCAUAUAUCAGGGUUGUGGUGGUGGAUGGCAAAGUUUAUAUGGAGAAGUACAAGGGGGUCUAUCAAACUAGAGAUGUGUUCACCAUAUGGGGCAUUCUGCAGUUGCUGAGGAUGUAUCCUGGGAAGCUGCCGGACAUCGAUUUGAUGUUUUCAUGCGGGGACAAACUGGCGAUGAAGACACGAUACUUCCAAGGGCCCAAUGCCACUACUCCACCCCCAUUGUUUCAUUACUGUGGAGAUGAUGAAACAUAUGAUAUUGUGUUCCCGGACUGGUCAUUUUGGGGUUGGCCAGAGAUCCACAUAAAACAAUGGAAUACCUUGAAAAAGGACCUGAAAGAGGGCAACAACAUAACCAAGUGGAUAGACAGAGAACCCUAUGCUUAUUGGAAAGGCAACAUCAAUCUGGGUCUGGCCAGACAUGAGCUUUCCAAAUGCAAUAAAACCAGUGAACAAGACUGGAAUGCUCGGAUUUAUGACAUAGACUGGCGUCAAGAGAUUCAUAGUGGAUUCAACAAUUCAGAUUUAGCAAGCCAAUGCACUCAUAGAUACAAGAUUUACACCGAGGGAGUUACAUGGUCAGUCAGUGAAAAAUACAUUCUAGCUUGUGAUUCUGUGACCCUGCUUGCAAACCCUCACUACUAUGAUUUCUUCACAAGAAGUUUACAGCCUAUGGUCCAUUACUGGCCUUUAAAACUCAAGGACAUGUGCAAAUCCAUCAAAUUUGCCACUGAAUGGUGCAAUAACCAUACAGAGAAGGCACAGGAGAUAGCGAAGGCGGGGAGCAGCUUCGUCCAAGAGAAGCUAAAGAUGAAAUUUGUGUAUGACUACAUGUUCCAUCUGUUGUCCAUGUAUGCAAAGCUGCUUAAAUUCAAGCCAUCUGUGCCUCCAGGGGCUGUGGAGUUCUGCCCAGAGACGAUGGUUUGCCCUGUGAAAGGGUUGGAGAAGGAUUAUAAGAUCCAAAGCAUGGUGAGGAGUCCUUCGGAUACGGGUCCAUGUACCAUGCCCCCUCCCUAUGAUCCUGCAGAACUCAAAGAUGUGCUUGAGAAGAAAGACCAUGUGAUGAAGCAAGUGGAGACAUGGGAAGAAAGUGGAACUGUUGGAGGAGAUCUUUGAAAAUAAUCUUAAGGCAAAAUGACCAAAUUCUGUAAAUGAUGAGGAUUAGGAAAGAGUUCCCUUUGUGUCCUUUUCCUGUCAUUCUUAUUCUUAAGAACCAAACAGCUAAAUUUUCUCAUGCAUAGGCAUUGUUAAUUGAUAGACAGAUUAAGAUAUCUUUGAUGUAAUUCUCCCCUCUGAUGAUCAUCUGAACUGAACUGUUAGUUAU